CUCCACGUGAGAGGCAGCCAUGGCGCUGAGCCGGAGCGGGGUCGCGGCAGGUCUCCAACUGCUGCCGCGGCGGCUGGCGGCCAGCGGGGCGGCGGCGGCGGGCGCGCAGCCCCCCGGGAGCGUGGUGCGCGUCCCCUGGGCCCUGCGGCUUCGCCUGCAGCGGGGCGUGCAGCGCCGGCGGCGCGGGCAGGGAGAGGAGGCGGCGGCGGCGGCGGCGCGACGCGGGAAGCUGCUGCUGCGGAGCCGGCGGCCGGAGCUGAGCCAGCCCCGCUGGCAGACGGUGGGGCGCUGGGAGCGGCCGCAGCUGGUGUCGGCGGGCUGGAAGCACAGGAAGGCGUGCGGGGACUAUUUUCAGCUGGAGCCCUCGCAGGAGGCGGCUCCCGCUCUGCAAGCGCCGCCGGCGGACGGGGGGCAGGGUCCGUCCUUCGCCGAGAUGGGGCUGCAGCCGGCGCUACUGGCCGGGCUGGAGGGCCUCUCCAUUGGCCGCCCCACGGGGGUGCAGCGCCUUGCCAUCCCCGCGCUGCGCCGCGGCCGCAGCGCCCUCUGCGCCGCCGAGACCGGCAGCGGUAAGACGCUGGCCUACCUGCUGCCGCUGCUGGACAGGCUGCUCCCCCGCCCCGAGGGGCCGGCGGCGGAGGCGGCGGCGGGGCUGGCGUCGCCCCGCGGGUUAGUGGUGCUGCCGUCGCGGGAGCUGGCGGCGCAGGUCGGCGCGGUAGCGGCAGCGCUGUGCCGGCCGGCGGGGCUGCAGGUGCGGGGGCUGACGGGCGGCGGCGCGGCGGGCGGGCUGCGGAGGCAGCUGCGGGCACCGGAGCCGGGUGCCGCCGUGGUGUUGGGCACCCCCGGGGCGCUGCGGGAAGCGGUGCGGCGGCGCUUCCUCGCCCUGGGGCGGCUGCGCUGGAUGGUGCUGGAUGAGGCGGACGCCCUGAUGGACGGCUCCUUCACGGAGCCGCUGGAGGAGAUCCUGGCACACGCUCCCCUGGCCGCUGGUGCUCCCGGGCCGGCCGGCCCCGGGGAGUCGAGGACCCAGGUGGUGGUGGUCGGAGCCACCUUCCCCGCGGGGCUGAGCCAGACGCUGGGGAAGUUUACUGACGUGGGCCGGUUUGUCACCCUCACCACCCAGAGCCUGCACUGCCUGCCGCCACACGUCCAGCAGAAGUUUCUCCGCCUCAAAGGCCGAGACAAGCUGCCCGAACUCCUGCAGCUACUCAAGGAGCGCCCGAUGUCCGGCAGGGCUGUUCUCAUCUUCUGCAACAGCGCCAGGACCGUCAACUGGCUGGGCUAUAUCCUGGAUGACCACAAAAUCAAGCACCUGAGGUUGCAGGGACAGAUGUCAGCAGAUGCUAGAGCUGGUAUCUUUGCCUCCUUCCAGAAGGGCGACGUGUCUAUCCUUGUCUGCACUGACCUUGCCUCGCGGGGGCUGGACACCAGCGGUGUGCAGCUAGUGGUCAACUAUGACUUCCCAGACACCCUGCAGGACUACCUGCACCGUGUGGGGCGAGUUGGACGGGUUGGAAGCAAGGCACCUGGAGCCGUGGUUAGUUUUGUCACCCAUCGGUGGGAUGUGGACCUGGUGCGAAAAAUAGAGACUGCAGCCCGGAAAAGGACAGGUCUCCCAGGCAUGGACUCCUCUAUUAAUAAGCCUCCACCUAAAGGAGGUUGAUUCACAUUGCCAGGCAGUAAUAAAAGGCCUGGUAGGGACUACGCUUGAAGUCAUUAAGGCAGAGCGAAUGAGCUUCUGCAUGUAAGCUAGACUAAAAGAAUGGAGGAUUGAGUUUCAGAACCAGGUGAUCAGGUUAACUUUGUGGGCUCUUCUGGAACCUGCAGUAGCCAUUUCCAUAGGCAUCACAACUCAUGGCUUUCCAAAAGGAACCUAGUGAGUGAGUAAUGAAAUGCCUUUGGAGAAGACUGAAGUAUGAUUUCAUCAGUUCAUCUUCUUUAAUUUUGUUGAGACUUUUACUGAAAUUCAAAUCAGAAUGAAAGUAUGCCUCUGUGAUGUGCAGCUUUGUUGCAUUUCAUUGCUUCCCACCACCAGCGGCUAAACAUUAAUUAUUAAAACUUAAAAAUUCCCACUGUGGCAGGAAAAAAAAGCAAGUAUUUUCCUAACUUUGAUUAUAUUUGACCAAUUAUAGAUACAUGUAUAAAGACUAAAGGACAAAUUAUAUUUUUCUUGUGAUGUAGUGGUUCAUUUGCCAAAUUCUAGGCCAGAUACCUCUAAAGUUUGGUGGGAACAAGAGGCUUGAGGCUUUUUCAAGGUCUUAAUUUCUCAUUGUAUGAUUACCUUUUACUGAGAAAGGGGAUGUUGCUGCUUCAUGUUCUAUUAAAUAAAAAAAAAAAUCCUUUAAGUGUCUUCUGCUCAUUUCUGCAUGCUGUAGCAACAUGCCCAGUCUCUGAACUGGUUGUAAAAACAAUAAAAAAGCCACCCCAACCCACCAAAAAAUGUUUCCUGUUAAAGGAAAGAAGUGUGUUGACUCACAGGAAACAGUGAGUACCAGAUUGCUUUUGAGUAUCGUGCCAUUGUUCUUUUCUGCUUUAAACCAAAAGAAUUAAAGUGAGGCUGAGGUUAUUUCAUAUCUAGCUGCUAGUUUGUAUCCAUGGUAAAUAAUCAAUUACACAAAAAGAGAAUUUUUAGCUCUGAUUGCUGUUGCAGUGAUUUAUCACAACCUUUUCUUUUAGUGGUUGUUUUUCCUAUGCUAUCCACUUUAGCCUGUGCUAAAACUUGUAUGUAGAAAGAGUAAGCUGUUAGAUACUAUGCUAUGAUCUUUUCAUUUAAAUAAUUGGUUUCAGAGGAAAUAAGGCACUGGAGCUACUCUUAGUAUACUGAGAGUAAAAACUAAACAAUCAGAAAACUUGCACAGAUAAUCACUUAAGGGUAAGACUAUAUAACCUUAUCCUAGAAAUGAUACGUAUGUACUCUGUUCACAUUGCACACUUAAGGGGCUCUUCGGGGAAUUUACCAGCUACGGUAGAAUUAUUUAAUACAAUAGAAAGCUUUUAACUUAAUAGAAAUACAGUGGAAGAGUGAUCCACUUGGAGGCUGGAAACUUUUAUAUUUUGGACCCAUUCUUUGCAUGGACUACUUGCCUCUCAUCUGUAGUUCAUUUAGCUUCAAAUCAGGCAAUUUAUAUGUCCACAUGCAGAAGCUUAUAGGAGUGUAUAGGAGUAGGGUAGAUCCUUAAACAGAAAUCUGGGGACAAUCUAGUGUUAUAAUUUACAGAAGAUCCUGUUUCUGUUUAUUAAUAUGCAUCUUAUGUUGUAUGAGGUCCUCUGAACUGUGGAGAAAUAGCGUCCUUGGACUGUAGACACCCAGAUUCAUUUCAGUGAGGUAAAUUGUAUGUAAGAAACUCUAGUAAGAAAUUUUAAUAUUUCUUGCCUGCUUUGCCUAAGCAGUUUCAGGCUGACUCCAUCUCCAAGUGUCAUAUAAUUUGAAUCUGAUCUUUUUCAAAGCUGUAGCACUUCACUGUCUUAGCAUAAAUAUCAAGUUACAACCUGCUUCAUAGAGUGUGUCUUUCCUGAGGCAGCUGGUUGGCCUUGUUGGAAAUGUAAUGUGAGGAAAAUAAGGAAAUUAUGAGUAUCAGAACUAAUGAAGCAAGGUUUCCUAAGGAAUUGUCUCUUAGACGGAUUCUCUGGUGCCCUAAAAGACAGUAGUGGUACAUCAAAAUACUCCUCAGAGUGUUUGCAGUCUUUCCCUUGUCAGUGGCUCUCCAAAUACUGAAUAAAGUUUCAUUUGUCUAGAG